GUUGACAAACAUUUAUUCUCCCAACAGGGCGGGGAUCUUUUCAUUUUACGAGUCAAAAAGCUGUUAAAUAAACGCCGUGAUAAAUAUAUAGGAAUAAACACGAACGGAUUGCUGAUUGGUGUCAAAUACAAGAAUGGGUUGCUGCUUGACUGUUGGACCAAAUGAAGCGCUCGUUGUGUCAGGUGCCUGUUGUGGGUCAGAUGCAAAGACGUAUGUGGUGGGCGGCUGGGCGUGGGCAUGGUGGCUUAUAUCAGACACUCAGAGAAUUACACUAGAGAUUAUGACACUACAGCCAAAAUGCGAAGAUGUGGAGACAGCGGAGGGAGUCGCCAUUACAGUCACGGGAGUUGCUCAAGUCAAGGUUAUGACUGACAAAGACUUGCUGGCUAUUGCUUGUGAGCAGUUUCUGGGAAAGUCUGUCAUGGAAAUCAAAGCUGUGGUUCUGCAAACCCUUGAGGGACAUUUGCGUUCAAUCUUAGGCACAUUAACCGUGGAGCAGAUCUACCAGGACAGAGAUCAGUUUGCUCGGCUGGUGAGAGAGGUGGCAGCUCCUGACGUGGGCCGCAUGGGCAUCGAGAUCCUCAGCUUCACUAUCAAAGAUGUUUACGAUAAGCUGGACUACUUGAGUUCUCUUGGAAAGACGCAGACAGCUGCUGUACAAAGAGACGCAGACAUCGGAGUGGCCGAGGCAGAGAGGGAUGCUGGGAUUAGAGAAGCUGAAUGCAAGAAAGAAAUGAUGGAUGUGAAGUUCUUGGCCGACACUAAAAUGGCCGACUCCAAACGAGAGCUUGAGCUGCAAAAAGCCGCUUUUAACCAAGAAGUAAACACUAAGAAAGCCGAGUCUCAACUGGCCUAUGAGCUGCAAGCCGCUAAAGAGCAGCAGAAGAUCCGAUUGGAGGAGAUCGAAAUCGAGGUUGUGCAGAGGAAAAAACAAAUCUCCAUAGAGGAGAGGGAGAUUGAGAGGACAGAGAAGGAGCUCAUCGCUACGGUCAAGCGGCCGGCUGAAGCCGAGGCUUACAAGAUGGAGCAGCUCGCUGAAGGAUACAAGAUGCAGAAAGUGCUGACGGCUCAGGCGGAGGCAGAGAAGAUCCGCAAGAUCGGAGAAGCGGAGGCCAUCUCCAUCUCAUCUGUGGGAAAAGCAGAGGCCGAGAGAAUGAGGCUGAAGGCUGAGGCUUAUCAGCAGUAUGGGGAGGCCGCCAAAACUGCUCUCGUCUUGGAUGCUCUACCUAAGAUUGCUGGGAAGGUGUCUGCUCCUCUGGCCAGGACCAAUGAGAUUGUCAUUCUGAGUGGUGAUGGCAGCCGUGUGACCGGGGAAGUGAACCGGCUCCUCGCUGAGCUGCCCGUCUCUGUUAAUGCCCUCACCGGUGUGGAUUUGUCCAAGAUGCCUCUGCUGCAGAAGUUGACCGGUGCUCAAGCAUGAAGUGGAUCAGCUCCGUCUUCUCCAUGAUAUGUUGUAUGCACUCACACAAACUGCCUUUAGACGACUUGGGAAAUCUUUUUUUUUUCUUUUAUUCUUUUCUUUUUAUGGAAUAAAAACAAAACAAAAAAAAACAAAACAAAUAACAUACAAGUAGAUUUUUGAUACCUCUGGUGCCUUAAUGUUUCCUAGGACCAGAAUAUCUGCAUGCUCUGCUGCUCCCACAGUUCCCCACUUCAAUAUAUUAUUAUCACAUCCGCACUGGAAGCAUUAGUACAAUCAGUAUUGUUUUUUGUUUUGUUUUGUUAUAGUUUUGACUUUGUAGUGUCUGACCUAUCACACAGACUUUUAUAUUUGACAUUUUAUACACUUUAUUUUCAGCUACGUCGACACUUUAUCUCCUAAAGGUGAGUCAGCUUUAGAUUCCAGUCCAAUUCUUGGAUCCCUCCAAAGUCUACUGCUACUUUUAAGUCAUUUUAGGUCACUUUUUUAACAACAAAUACAAUUCCUGCCAGAGUUUCAUUCAGGAAAACUGCCAUUGAUGCAGUCUAGCGAGUAGCGUCUAGUGUACUGAGCUCUUACGGGUAAAUAUUACAGUAAAUAUUGUCAUUUUAGGUAGAAUUGAGAGUCAUUUUUAAUGUUGCAGAUAUGUAAAAACAGACAUGGCCUUUAUGAAGCAAACCAUCUCCUAAAUGUUCAUGAGCUCAUCAAUAGUUCAGACUAUUAUUGCCUGUAAAUUUUGUAUGAUUUUUGAUUAUACUCGUACUUUGGUUUGUUUUAGAUUGGUAUGGGACACAAAUAGUUGUAAAGACAAUUUAGUUGAUCAUUUAUUUUUAGCAAACUAAUACAAUGAUCCAAUGCUGUUAAAAUGGAGUUUUUAAUAUAUAUAUUAACACUAUGGACAAUAACUUUCAUUCUGUUGUUGUUUGUUUAGUUUGUGUAUUUGUCACUGUGAAAGAUAAAUUACCUCGUUUUGCUCAGUUAGUUCAGGUUUUAAGGUUUGUCUUUUAUUUUAUUAUUAUGUUUUGCUUUUUUUUGUGCUGUAAAGGGGCAAAGUCACUUUUCCACGUGUUUUGUAAUGAAGACACCAAAAGCCAAGAGAUCAUUCCAUCUUUUUGUGCAUACCGUCCAUUAUUAUUAUUAUUAUUAUAAUUAUUAUUAAACAUCAGAUGUUUAUAAAGCUGUUUAUGUAUUCUGUUUUAGCAUGAAUAAUACCCCCUUAUUCUUUUAUAUAUUAUAGAAACCGAUUGAAACUAAUAGGAAAUGUUUUAUUGUGUAAAACACAAUAUUAUUUUUAUUUAGGUUUACGACUUUGAUUCAAGUUCGACUUAUUCAGAACUAAUAAAGCCAUGUCAGGUUUAGCCAUUUAGCAUUAGAGCAUCAUAGACUGUUUAUGUGCUUUGUAUGGCAUUGGUGAUGAACUGUACUGUACUGUACUGCUGUGUAUUGGAACAAAAAAAAAAAAACAUUAUAGGAAUUCUUGAACUGUAUGGCAGGAUGAAGGCCAGAUGUGCUUUUGCUUUAAUGGGUCAAACGAUACACUAACUGCAAAUAUGCCAUUGACUACGUGGGGAGAAUUUGGUAGUUUUAUACAUGACUCUUUACACAGGUUUAACUCAGCAUGUUUAUGGUGCAUGUAGCUAUUUCCAGAUGUAAUAAAUGUAAUGUGAACCA